ACGCCCAGUCAACAUCUGAGCGCAAGAUGGCUGAGGAAGAAGUUGAGAAGAUUAUUCAUCACACCAAGCAUAUUUUUAUCAACAACGUUGACUCCUAUGCCUCGAAAUGUAUCGCAAAGUUCUUGUCUGCCUGUGUAGUGGGGGCGUCCCUGGUGGAAACUGACGAGCCAGAGGUGGAGGAAGGGGAAGAGAGGCUAUCCAAAGAUGACCAUCCAAAAGUCAAAGACGGAACCUUUAAAAUUGUCGGAACUAUUACAAACAAAAACGAAAGAAGACCAAGUUAUGUGUUGGAUGAAUAUUUUCAACUGAAAAGGGAAGAACUCCUGAAGCGCCUGAUGGAGUGUGAUAUCAUAAUUUACAACAUCACUGAGGAUGCUGACCAGAUGGACGAGGCCUCUUGGGCAAUCUCAGCCCUUCAUGCUGAGAUGGCCAGGUUCAGUCAGCCGAAGAUGUUCAUCCUCAUAUCAACUGUAAUGACCUGGGCUCUCAGCAAGCCUGUCGAUGCGGAUGACCCUGAGAUUCCAUUCACUGAGGAAGACUACAGGAGAAGAAGAGCACAUCCCAACUUCAAAGAGCAUAUCAACGUUGAAAAGCUUGUGGUCAAAAUGGGCAAAACGAAAAGUUCAUUGCUCUCCACAUACGUAGUGGCCUCAGGAGUUCAGUAUGGAAUGGGGGAGCAAGUCUUCCACUUCUUCUUCAAGACAUCUUGGUUGGGAGACUUGCCCAAAGUCCCUAUCUUUGGAGAAGGCACCAAUGUCAUUCCUACAAUUCAUAUCAAUGACCUUGCAGGUGUGAUCCAGAAUGUAAUUGACCAUAAGCCAAAACCACAUUACUUAGUCGCUGUGGAUGAUUCCAAGACCACUAUCGAUGACAUUGUAAAGACAAUAGCCUAUGUGGUGGGGCCAGGAAAGACCAAGAGAGUGCCAAAAGAGGAUGCUUUUCUCACUCGGGAUUUGAGACAAAUGGACAUCGAUGCUCUUUUUGUCAACCUUCGGAUUGAGGCUGUCUACCUGAAAGAGAACUUCAACAUCCACUGGGUGUGUGAGUCUGGUCUCAUAGACAACAUUGACCGUGUUGUGGAGGAAUACAAGCAAACCAGGGGCUUGCUGCCCAUCCGAGUGUGUAUCAUGGGCCCUCCAGCGGUGGGAAAGAGCACAGUAGCAGAGAGGAUCUGUAAACACUACAAACUGCACCACAUCAGACUCAAGGAAACCAUCACUGAGACCCUUGCACACCUGGAGUCUAUCAUUAGGAUGGAGGACGGAGAGACUGAGGCAGAGGAUUUUGCCACCUCAUCAGAACUCCUGGAGACUUUGAAGGAGAACAUGGAUCAAAAUGGAGGUCGACUGGAUGACCCGUAUGUGAUCAGGAUCAUGAGAGACAAGCUGAAGUCAAAGCUGUGCAGGAACCAGGGUUUUGUCCUGGACAGCUUUCCCAAGACAUAUGAACAGGCCAAGGACCUGUUCUAUGCUGAUGAUGAUGAGCCAGAGGAUAUGAGGUCAAAGAUCCCUCCAUUCAACAAGAAGAUCAUUCCAGACUUUGUGUUCUCCCUGGACACCUCCGAUGCGUUCCUGAAGAACCGUGUCCUGAACCUCCCGGAGAGCCUGGUGGAGGGAACGUCCUAUUCCCAGGAGCAGUUCCUGCGCCGCCUUGCUAGGUUCCGGGAGAGCAAUGUGGAUGACGAGACCGUCCUCAACUACUUUGAAGAGCUAGAUAUUCACCCGGAGCACAUUGAGAUCACCAGCAGUGACGACCAGGAGUACCUGGUGGUGACAGAGCGGAUCAUCAAGUCAGUGGGGAAGCCUAAGAACUACGGCCCCUCCAGCCAGGAGCUGGAGGAGGAGGAGAGGAGGAGCGCAGACCGCCGGCUGAGAACGGAGGCCCAGAAGAGGGCUGACACAGAGUGGCGGGAGACAGAGGAGGCCCAGCAGAGAGCAGCCCGCUGGGAGGAGUGGAGUAAGUGUCUGGAGGAGGUGAAGAAGCAGGAGCAUGAUCUCCUGGAGGUCCAGUCUGUUCCCCUGAGAAACUAUCUGAUGAAGAACGUCAUGCCCACUCUCACCCAGGGCCUCAUCGAGUGCUGCAAGACCAGGCCUCAGGACCCUGUUGAUUUCCUGGCAGAAUAUCUCUUCAAGAGCAACCCCCAAGUGGAGUGAAAUGGGACUUGUCGUCAAGAUUUAUAACCUCAUAUCAGUACCAUCUACAAUUCAGAAAUGUACUCACAUCAUAUUUAAAAGUGAUUUAGUAAAAUCCUUUUCUCACAAGAAGAGUUUUUAUUUAGAUUAUAUUUAGGGAGGAUUCUUAUACAUUUACAGUAUAUUGUAGCUGUUUUAUAUUAUUUCCCCAAUAACGUGAUUACAACACAAUUGUAAAAGAAGUCCUGAUGUUCAACUCAUAACAUUUCAACUUAGUGAGUUUACAUCUAAAGUAAUAUUUAGACACUUUAAACGUUGCAGACAUAUUUCAGCCAUAACAUUUUAAGUGGCCCCCCAUUUCAUGCUGUGACUUUGAUAAGCUAGAUUAGUAAAUUAUGUCAUUCCCUGCCCUGUUUUUUUAACACACAGCUUUGUUUGUGUUGUUUUCUGCAGACCAUUACUUAAAAGCCCUGAGAACUGGAUGAAAGCCUGACUGAAGCCAACAGCUAAUUAACAUGUUAAUUUGCGUAAUGAACUUGGGUGCGCUUGGUAACUAAAAAGUAGACCCAGUCGGGUCAUAAUGACUUUGAUUUGGCUUGUGAUUUCAAAGGAUAAAUGUUAAAAAUGGCAGCUAAUUGCGUCACUCUCUCAUGUUUCCACUCGCAGCUCUAAGUGUACAUAAUUAGCUGUACUGGAACACCAAAUUAUUUCAUUGUACAUGCUUAAUCACCACACUGGGAAAUCACUUUGUUUGAGAACAUUGUAGCGCGAGCCACAACAACACAAUUUCAAGCUGUGUUUUUAUAUUUUCCUUUCUGAUAUGUAGGUGUAAAUCAAACCACAUAUCUGAGGUAAAAAUGUGCAUUUUACUUGGAAUUUUACUGAAUUUUUCCCUCAAACUAAAUAAGAUGUGCUUGUCUUUGUUGUUGAAAUUGUUUUAUUCGGAGGGAAAGUAAUACAGAUUCUUGACAGUUAGGCUACAUUACCCUCUUCUAGUCUCCCUUUCGUAAUCUGAACUGACACCGACGGUCCCUACCUUCACAGGUGAAAAUAGUGGUUGACAUCCACCUCCACAUUGCAUAUUGCUUUUCAGCUUUUCUGAUCCAUGCAAUUGUUGGAGAGGAGACUAGGAGAGAAGAGGAAGCCCCAAAGACUAUAGAGAUGCAUCCUUUGUAAUAGAGACUGGUGUCAUGUCCAAUAUCAUCCAACAGGGGUCAGUCUCUACUGCUUUUGAAUGGCAGCAUUAUAACACUAGAUGGCAGCCUUGCCUCAGCUAUGGGCUAAUUGUGAUAAUGUAGUUUUUUGGCUUUACCAAUAACAACAAUUAUACACUAGACAUUGUAUAUUAUUUGUAUAUAUAUAUAUGUAUAUGUUUAAUCAUAAAUAGAUAAAUUCAUCUUUACCAUAAAGAAAUUCAGCACAUUACCCAAUUUAAGCAGUUAUAGCUUACUAUAUCACAGGGUCAAUAUGCUGAGCUGCAGGUGGACAGAAUCCACUGUGUGAUGCUGGUCACUGUUCCUUAAUGCCGCUUAAGCCAUGGAGGGAUGUCUCUUUCACACACACACACACACACACACACACACACACACCAUGAGCCAAGGCCUUAACUUGGUGGGGAAAUUUUCCCCCAGAAAACCUUGCCACAUUGGCGUUCAGAAAGAAAAUGUGUUUUGUUGCUUAGGAACAGUUUGCCUUCCGUCUCUGCGGGUGGUCUCCUUGUGAAUAUCAUUAUGUGCCCCUCGAGUCGGGAGGACGACACAUUUUUCUUUUCUGCCAAUAUUUAUUGUCUGCUCCACUCACUGUCGGGAGGUCUGGAAAAUGCUUUCAUUGAUUAAAGGGGGUGCUAGGCAGGCGAAGUCUGUGAGAGACGUCACCUACCUUUAACAUAAUUUGUCAACAUUAUAUUUCUAGAGGACAGCUUCAAGCUUACAGACAAUAUUGUUUUGUUUUGCUUUAUGGGGACAUCUGCAAAGACAAUCUAUUUGCUAAAUAAUACAA